AAUUGGGAAGAAAAAUGCAAUUUGGAAUAAUUUAGUCGUAAAAACAUGCUAUUGGUCACCGUGUUAGGCGGACAGGGCCACGGGCCUCCGUCUAGAAUAAUUCUGAAUUUUGCCGUCCGCCGCGUGGCGUGGCGGCAAUUGAUAGUUUCACCGUGAAACAAGCCAGUUGUCGUUUACCAAUGACAGAGAGCCACUCCCUAAUUUAUAAAUAACUCAAUCAUAGUUCUUUAAUUAUCCGCGAAGGAGGACUCUUUCUCUUCGACAUCCAAGUCAACUUAAUCCGAUUUCAGAUUUUUGAGGGCACAAAAUACUCAAACCACAGAUCAGAUCCACCCUACAAAUAUAAACCCCUUUUUCAUCGCCAAUACUAAUGGAACCUUACCAACUGGGCAACUACUUCCCACGUAGCACCUUCCAAUUGGCGGAUUCCUGUAUUGUUAACCCUAUCCAUUAUACUCUUCGAUAUACAAUACACCCUUUAGCUGUUUUUUAUUGAUUGUUCUUCACAUAGUCCCGGUUGGGAGUAUGUGCUGUAGUUGUGGAUUGUUGUAGAUUCAUUGAGUGUUUUUGUUCAGCCAUUGAUUGCGCAUAGGUGUUUUAAAAUUGAUGGAUCAAGAAUCGAGUGAUUCGACGAGAGAAAUUAAUCAAAAAAUGAAACAAAUUAGUGCGGGUGAUCAUUCACGCAAUACAGCAGAUUCUGAGACUCAUAUCACAAUUGAACUGACUGAAACUGCAGAUUUAAAUGACAAGUCAGAUGGGUCAACGCCAAAUGAAGCAAUGAUAGUGGAUGAACCAGCAAAAGUGAAGGAGGAAGACAACUGUCCGUCAUGUGUGAUUGAUGUCAAGAGUUCUGAUUCUGGUGCAAAUGGGAGUUCUGUAGGAGAGGGCGAAAGGGUCUGCAGAAUAUGCCAUUUGAGUGCGAAGGAAAGUGGAAAAGAAUCUAUAGCUUUGAUGGAGAUUGGUUGUGGGUGUAAAGGUGAGCUUGGGAUUGCACAUUCAGAAUGCGCAGAGGCCUGGUUUAGGGUCAAAGGACAUAGAUUGUGUGAAAUUUGUGGUGAGACUGCAACAAAUAUCACAGGUGUUAGUGACAACAGAUUUAUGGAAGAGUGGAAUGAGAGGCGAUCUUUGGAUGCUUCUACUAACUUUUCAGAUGGCAGCAGAAGGUGUAUGACUGGACAGCCGUUAUGUAACUUCUUAAUGGCAUGUCUCGUGAUAGCUUUCAUACUUCCUUGGUUUUUCCGUGUAGAUAUGUUUCAAUGAAGUAUGCACGAUUCACGAAUGAGCAUCAUAUAUCGACUACAUUGUCCUGGAAUAUCUGCAAUUGUACCCUUGCUUCCGUUCUUGAAUUCAAAGAUAUUCCAAUCUCGAAUCUGAGAGUUUCUUUUGUUGGAAAUAAGCCGGUUUUAACAGUGUUGAGUUCUAGGCCUUCAUUUCCAUUCUUUCUUUUUCGUUUUGGUUAUUGUUUUUUCCCGGGUUUCUGUAAACAUUAGGCUCGAUAGUUAAUCAAGACAGAAUACCUCUUUGUGGACUUGGACCUUUCUUUUGUGACAAUCCUUCUUCUCUAGGCAUUUUCUAUAAUUGGGGAAUGUAUUUUGAUU